ACGCCGAGCUCCAUCAAUGGCGUCCUCUCUUCUCCUCCUCCCCUCUCUCCCCCUCUCUCUCCGUCCAUCCCUCUCCUCCUUCACCACCACCACUACCACCAUCAAGAGGAGGAGGACGAAGAGCCGGAGAAUCCUCACCACCAUCUCCUGCGACGCCGACAAGAGCUCCGCCAGCGACCGCGUUAUCUCCGCCGCCUGCUACCUCUACCCCUUCCUCGACGGCGUUCAGUAUGGGAAGUACGUCCUCACCCAGUUCCCCUCCUUCCAACUCGUCCUCCAACCUCUUCUCCCCGCUAUUCGCCUCUUCCGCGCUUCCCCCUUCACUGGAUUCCUCCUCUUCCUUACUCUCUACUUCGCUGUUGUCCGAAACCCCUCCGCCUUCAGCCGCUACGUCCGAUUCAACACUAUGCAAGCCAUUGUUCUUGAUGUCCUUCUUAUCUUCCCCGAUCUCCUUGAGCGCACCUUCAAUCCGCGUGGUGGUGUUGCUCUCGAUUUUGUUAUGAGCUUGGAUAGCACUGUCUUCUUCUUUCUUCUUGUUUCUCUUGUCUAUGGCUCUACUUCUUGCUUGCUUGGCCAGCUCCCCAGACUCCCCAUUGUUGCUGAUGCUGCUGAGCGCCAGAUCCUCUGAUUUCUUACUUGUGAGCUUAAGGAGGAGAUAUGAGCAUUGUGUGAUUGGAUUGGAGCAAAGCUGAUGAAAUAAUGAAAGGUUGCUUUGAUUCUAGUAUUGAAUUACUAAAUAGUCAAUGUAGGAACUAGGAACUGAGUUGAAAUUCUCUACUCUUAUGUGAACCAAUGUGUUGAUUCCUUUUAUGCUUGCAGAAUUGAAAGUUAUAAAAGAAGGAUUUCGUGGUUUUUUUAAAUUUUAUUUUUGUUUAUAGAGGGGGAGAUUUGAACAUUUUGUGAAGUGAAUUGAAGUAAAUGAAAGAAGAUUGUUUCUGCUACUUGGUUGAUUGAAAGAAGAUAUGGAUUAGAUGAUCAGAGUAGAACAUGUAUCUAUAUAGUGUUUGCCUUUUUUUCCCCAUCUAUCCAAAUGUUAUUGCAAAGAAAAAGUAGGACAAUUGUUAUCUAGUAUUUAGUUUAAGUCAGUAUAGUAUAAGAUUAAUAAGGAAAUCACAUAGAGGGAUUCUUCUGCUUGUUUUGAUUUUUCUUAAAUGAAAGGUGAUGGGAAGGAUGAGCUACUCUAAGAGUGUUUUGGAAGAAAAGGGAAUUAUUUACCUUGCAGAUUGUUGCUAGUCCUUGGCAUAAAAUUGUUGAGUAUUACUAAAGAAAGAUUCCCCUUUUUUUUCUUUUUUGAAUUUGUUAUGGUAGUCAUUUUUUUUAAUAGGUGAGAUAAAUUAUAACAGACCUGUGAGGAAAAGAAGGAAAUUUAUUUGUUGGUUUGGUUGAGCAAAGCAUGAGAUGGACAAGGAAAUUAAAUAAAAGACAAUGCAAAUGCUUUUGCUUAUUAUGGUCAUUAAUAAAUGAUGGGCAAUCCCUUUAUCAAAAAUAAAUUAUGAUCAAUACUAAGGGUAUGGAUUGACUUGUUUCAUG